AUGCUAGCUCUACUAUGGAUUCGUUUCCACCAUAAAUCAAUUCAUCGGGAUGCUAUUCAGAAUCCAAUUAUUAUGCCUAUCAUCUUCAUGAUUAUUUGUGCAACCUUGGUGAUGACAACAGUAAUUGCUGAUACCCAUAUCUGCAAUAUUGGUGGGUCAGUUGCACUAGGUGGCCUUGUCUUCUACUUCUUGUUUUUCUACACUCACUUACCAUCAGCUGUUGAAGGAUUCAAGACGUUCGGUUGCAAUGCAAAUAAUAAGAUCACUAUUUACACACAAAUAGUGUUCAAUGUAAUGCCUCCUGAAUUUAGUGAAGAAAUUACCAGAACUUGCCAAGUAAAUUUAUCGCCUACUCCCGAAGCGAGUGGUAAUACUGACUCCAUUACUAAUUUUGAGGGCGGAAAUAACGCAGUCCAAGUUUUCUGA